GCGGGAGAGGGGAGGGGGAAGGGGAAGAAGGAGAGUGUACGAGAGGAGAAGAGGCUGGAUGUUUGGCAGGGAACAAUGAAGGGAGAGUGAAAGUGUCUGAGUCCUGGAGGACCAGGGAGCUUCCUGCUGGGAUGAGGGUAAAGAAGAGGGCAUCAGGUGAGGCGCAGAACGGCAGAAAAACACCACCUGACAGCACAGCAGGUAGUGUAGAGAGACUUGCGGAGCACACAGAAAGAGGGAGAGCAGACGGGGGAGAGUCCCAAAAAUCACAUGCCUCACACCCUAAAGUCCAGAAAGAGGGCAGUGUGGGAGCCCAAAACGACCAGCACAGAGGUGGACCACACUGCAGUAAAGAGGUUGAAAAGCAUGCUAGGAAGGAGAAGGACCCAGAAAAGGAAGCUCAGAGCAGGAAGAGUGGGGGCAGCAGACCUGCGGAGAGGGAUGUCACGGCGCACAGAAAUGAGAGACCCAGAGAGGCAGAUGCUGAAAAGAGCAAAGCCCAGGGCCUGACAGAAAAAAAACAUGCUGAGGAGGAACAUGAGGCACGCUGCUCAGAAUUUGCAGGGAAGAAGGAGCCUCCAUUUCCCAGACAGCAGGGCCAGGGUAGUGGCAGCUAUACAAGGGAGAAGCCACUGGAGCUGGAUGAGAGGUGCAAGGAGGACGAUAAAGACGACGAUGUCUUGCUGGUCUCCGUCCAGCCCGGAACCAAGCAGACUCCUCCACAGCUGUCGGCCCCCGUGCAGAAGACCCUGACCUCUUUCCCUGGGUUCCAGCCGGCUUCUCGGGUCCAGGCCCAGCAGGAAGACCCUCGGAGCCUGCACAGCCAGCUCUCAGCCCAGCUCAAACAGAAGAAGGCGACCCUGUCGGUGGUGAACAUCUCCGCUCUGCCCGAUAAGGGCGAGAGGCUGAAGGGCCAGGUGAAGGAGCUUGAGGACGCCCUGGAGUCCCUGAGUCUGACUGCUGCGUUGCCCUCUGAUGCCAACGGCCCAGAAUCGAAGGGUGAUGGCAGAGCUGACAAGGUGGCUGCCCCCGUCCCCUCGAACCCUUUCAGCCGUCCCGGUGGCACCAUCCUUCUGCCUGACCCCGCCCCCCUCCACACCCAGGUCCGGCAGGCCACUCCCAGCCUCAUGGGGCUCCACCUCAGCCAGGGCCCCUCACAGGCCUAUGGAGGAAACCCUCAGAGCCACGCCCUGUACGGGGGAAGAAUGACAGAGAGCAGGAUGCUGGCUGUGCGAAACGCCACCACCGAGGCCAUCGACCACCUGCACCACUCACUGGAGUCCUGCCCAAGCACGGACGCAGAGGCGCCUGACCCCAAAGGCAUCAGGGUGAACCUGCUCCCUCAUCAGAAGCAGGCACUGGCCUGGCUGCUCUGGAGAGAGACACAGAGACCUUGUGGAGGGAUUCUGGCGGAUGACAUGGGCUUGGGGAAGACUCUGACCAUGAUAGCUCUGAUCCUGGCUCAGAAGAAGAAGAAGGAGGAGAAGGAAGAGGGCUGGAUCUCCAAAAGCGACUCAAUCCUCAUAGACUCCCAGGGCACCCUGAUCAUCUGCCCCGCCUCCCUCAUCCACCACUGGAAGAAGGAGAUCGAAAAGCAUGUGAAGAGCAGCCGUCUGACUGUGUACCUGUACCACGGGCCCAACAGGCAGAGGAGCGCACAGCUGCUGGCUGAGCAUGAUGUGGUGGUGACCACCUACAGCCUGGUGUCCAAAGAGAUUCCUGUUGAAAAGGAGGAGGCAGACAAGCCCAGCCAGGACACGGAGGGAGUGGUGUCAGACCUGCCCCCGCUCCUUCGUGUCUCCUGGUCCCGGGUGGUUCUGGAUGAGGCCCACAACAUAAAGAACCCGAAGGUCCAAACCUCCAUAGCCGUGUGCAAGCUGAGGGCACGAGCCCGCUGGGCCGUCACCGGAACCCCCAUCCAGAACAACCUGCUGGACAUGUACUCCCUACUCAAGUUCCUGAGGUGCUCUCCCUUUGACGAAUACAAGCUGUGGAAGGCCCAGGUAGACAAUGGCUCCAAGAGGGGUGGAGAGAGACUGAACAUCCUAACCCAAUCGCUGCUCCUCCGCAGGACCAAGACUCAGCUGGAUUCCUCCGGGAAACCUCUGGUUUCCCUGCCUGAUCGAACCUGCGAGGUUCACCGAUUGAAGCUGUCAGCUGAAGAACAGUCAGUUUAUGAUGUCCUUUUCGCCCGGUCCAGGUCAACCCUCCAGUCUUACCUGAAGAGACAUGAAGGGGGCGACUCUACAAAGGAGAGCCACACCAAUCCUUUUGAGAAAGUGGCCCGUGAGUUUGGCAUGUCGCAGCCCGACCCGCUGUCCUCCUCCCAGCAGCCCCAGGCCUCCAGCGCCGUGCACAUCCUGUCACUGCUGCUGCGGCUCCGGCAGUGCUGCUGUCACCUGUCCUUACUGAAGAAGACCCUGGACCAGACGGAGCUGCAGGGGGACGGGAUCGCUCUGUCACUGGAGGAGCAGCUCAGCGCCAUGUCCCUGUCCGAGUCGUCCGGCCCCGGGCCCGAGGCCACCGUGUCCCUGAACGGCAGCCGCUUCCCUUCUCAGCUCUUUGAUGACACCAGUGAGAGCACCAAGAUUUCAGCUGUCCUCCAAGAGCUGAAGGAAAUCCGGAAGCAUGACUCUCAGAAAAGUGUGAUCGUGUCCCAGUGGACCAGUAUGCUGCACAUUGUGGCAGUUCACCUAAAGAGGCUGGGCCUGCAGUUCGCAGUCAUCGACGGGUCGGUCAACCCCAAGCGACGAAUGGACCUGGUUGAGGAGUUCAACACCAAUCCCAAAGGACCACAGGUGAUGCUGGUGUCUCUCUGUGCUGGGGGUGUUGGCAUUAACUUAAUUGGAGGGAAUCACCUCUUCCUCCUGGACAUGCACUGGAAUCCGGCACUUGAAGACCAGGCCUGUGACCGCAUUUACAGAGUGGGCCAGCGACGUGACGUCACCAUACACAGGUUUGUCUGUGAAGGUACAGUAGAGGAUAAGAUCUCCUCUCUUCAGGAGAAGAAAAAGGAGCUGGCCACAAAGGUGCUCUCAGGGACCGGGGACUCCUUCACAAAGCUCUCCCUGGCUGACCUCAGAGUUAUAUUUGGAGUCUGAGGGCCUGGUAGGGGGUUUA